GACGAGGUCGAGGACCUGGAAGGAGCGGAUGAUUGAAUCUGACCGGAGAAGCGGUGGUGGGUGAGGACGAAUGUAAUAACGAUGGGUGUAGAGAAGGUGGCCGGAUUUGGAGAGGAAGAAAGAUGGGGAAGAUGAACAGUUUCGGGAAGAGGAAGGAGGAAGAAGGUUCGAGUCGGUCGGGUCAAAGAAGAAAAGAAAGGAUUGGGACAUUGGGUCAUGGUUGGGUUGGUUUGAAUGAUGUGGUUGUGGUUUAUUUUUGUUGGGUUAAAAUUGGCUGAUUAGGCACUUCUGUUAGCCACAUAAGCAAA